AUGCUUUCUUUAAAUCUUGAUGAUAAAUUAGAAAACAGAAAUAUUAGAUUGGGAAACAAAGACAUACGAGCAAUGAAAAUUUCAAGAGUAUGCUUCCCAAUACUGCUAGAUCAUGAUAGAUCAUUGUGGAUAGGUCUCAGUUUUCGUAUCAUUUUUUUUCUUGUUAAAUUUACCAAAGAUACGCAAUCGAAGGACAAGAUGAAAAGGUGA